GCUGCUGCUUCGACGCCACCCACCCACCACAUCCCGCACAGCCCGCACGAGCAGCGAGGCCUCUGCCGCCGCCGCCGCCGCCCCCACCCCCGCUCGCCGGCGAUGGGGCCACUGGAGGACGACGACCUGCUCCGCCAGAUCCUCGUCCGCCUGCGCCCGCAGCCCUCCUCCCUUCCCCGCGCCUCCGCCGUCUGCAAGCGCUGGCGCCUCCUCGUCUCCGACCCAGGAUUCUCCCGCCGCUUCCGCGUCCACCACCGCCGCAGCCCUCCUCUCCUCGGCUGCUUCCUCAGAAACGACGCCCUGCCCUUCAUCCCCACUCUCGACGCCCCGGACCGCGUCUCCCCCGCCCGUUUCUCCCUGCAGCCCGGCGACGGCGACGGCGACCGGUUCAUGUCCCUCGGAUGCCGCCAUGGCCUGGCGCUCGUCUUCAACAAGCACACGGGUCAGAUCCUGGUGUGGGACCCCGUCACCGGCGACCAGCGCCGCCUCGACGUGCCACCGGGGGUCGCGGUGCACGCGGAGAAGACAACGAUCAACGGGGCGGUGCUUCGUGCUCGUGCUCGUGCCGCCGGAGACGAGGCCCAGCGCUUCCAAUUCCAUGUGGUGUUGGCAGUGGCGGACAACGACGACGAGCAGCACCGGCGUGCGCUUGCCUGCGUCUACUCGUCGGAGACCGGCGCAUGGGGUGAUCUCGUCUCAACACAGCUUCCGUCCGACGUUCCAACGACCGAUGCUCCCAUCUUGGUUUCUACUGACAAGCCCGCUGUGCUGGUUGGGGACUCCCUUUACUGGAAGCUUGCUGGGAAUAUGGACGGAAUUCUCGAGUUUGAUUUGGAGAAGCAAAGCCUAGCUGUGAUAUGGGUGCCGGUGCAUGUCCUUGAAGAGGGCCAGUACAUGUUCUUGGUUAUGCCGGCAGAGGGCGGUGGCCUUGGUUUACUCCUCCAGACAGACUGCAGCAUCCAGUUGUGGAAGAUGGAGACUGAUUCUGGCGGUGUUGCUUCAUGGGGGCUUGGAAGAACCAUUGAACUGGACAAGCUGCUUUCUCUGAAUUCUGAGGAGAAUGACAUAUUGAUACCGGGGCUCGACGAGGAAAAUAAUGUGGUGUUCGUGUGGACAGAUCACAUCCUCUUUAUGGUCCAUCUUGAGUCAAUGAAGUUCAAGAAGCUUUCUGGAACCUACCCCCUUUCUCAUUAUCAUCCAUUCAGAAGUGUCUACGCUGCAGGUAUCUAGGGUUACAUUCCGGUGGCCG